UUAUGUGGGCUGUGUCAGGAAAAGCCUAAACACGUGGAAGCAUUCAAUAAGGUGGGACUGAGGCGGUGCUACAUAUGCAUAAAUAAAACAGGUGCAACAGGUGACAAUGUUGAUACAGCAGAAGAAAGCACAAUAGCUUUGAGAGAGAGGACACAAGCAGGACAACGCCAGAGCUCCUGAAAUAUUCCAAGACCAUUAGGUAAAAAAAGAAGAACAGAUCAGAGAGAGAGAGAGAAGAAGAAGAAAAACACCUGAAAGACUUUUUAAUCCCAAGUGGAGCACCAUCAGGAUCACCGAGCAAUGACAUCCUAUGAAUCUCAAGGUCAGUCUCCAACGAGAUGUGGGCCUCAGUUCCCUAGCUUGGGACAGGAACCUCCAGAAUUGAGUCUGUACAGCGAUAGCUACUAUCCCCCUCCAUCACUGCCGAGUCCACAGCGAACGAACCCUUCCUCAUAUGAACUCGGAGACUAUGCUGCCUCAUCGCCUAACCCCUACCUGUGGUUCAACAACCCAGGGAUGAACAGCGCUCCUUAUCUGGGUGGAGCGCCUGGCCCUCCAGGACCUUCUUUUGUUCCCCAGCACUACGGCAUGCAAAGGCCCUAUUUGGGACCUGGGGCACCAGGUGGUCCUGCUGGUGAUCUAAGCUGGUUCUCUAUGCCCUCUCAAGAGGAUCUUAUGAAGCUGGUCAGACCACCUUAUUCAUACUCUGCUCUUAUUGCGAUGGCCAUUCAUGGUGCACCGGAUCGCCGCCUCACUCUGAGUCAGAUUUAUCAGUAUGUUGCGGACAACUUCCCUUUUUAUAACAAGAGCAAAGCGGGAUGGCAGAACUCUAUUCGUCACAACCUCUCACUGAACGACUGUUUCAAAAAGGUUCCACGAGAUGAAGAUGAUCCAGGUAAGGGCAAUUACUGGACCUUAGAUCCGAACUGUGAAAAAAUGUUUGACAACGGCAACUUCAGACGCAAGAGGAAGAGAAAGUCUGACAGCCUCCCAGAGAAGAGCAGCUCUGGAGGGAAUCUGAACUCUGAGUCAGGAGACAGUAAUGGCAGGGGCAGCCCGAAAAAUCAUGCCGUUGACAUUUCCACUUCGCCUGAAAAGGGCCCUUCACCCACAUCCACGGGUCCGUCGCCAUGCUUGAGCAACUUCCUGACUGAGAUGUCUGGUGUAACGACUGGCUCUCUCGACAUGGAAGGAGAUCCCCUGAGUCGUCCCUUUACGCUCAGUCUGCCAGUGGACGGAGCACAGAGAGCCUCACAACACACAGGCUUUAGCACCUACUCCCCCAGCUCUACGGUGUCCGAAUGGGCAUCACCGCUGCCCCCACCGCCAUCCAUUUCCCCAUCACCCUCCCACUCCACUUUAGGUUACAAUGGGCCUGCUCUCAGUCAGUUUAAUGGGCAUUUCUACCCUGGUUUGAGCUCAACAGGUAUUCUUUACCCCCGGGAGGGUACAGAGGUGUAGAGGAGGGGAGGCGGGUGACAGCGAAAAAGACAAGCUGAAUGAUCAAUUCAUGCUACAGACUCUAAGGGGGCAAGAAAAAACACUAAUGUUUUCCUGAAACUAUACACUGCUUUGGCCUAACUGAACUCCUGUGAGUUCUGUGGGCA